AUGUUAAAAGAUAUUUGGGAUGAAAUGACAGAAUCAAUAACAUAGAUAUAUGAUUUGAUUGAGAUGGAAGAUAAAUCUUAUGUGACUUAAAUUAACAAUAACGAGAUUCCAACUGAAUUAACCAAUACUGAUUUAGAAAAGUUAGUCUAAAUUAUUAUCGGAAAACAAUUAGAUGAUUGGAACAUUAAGAAAAAUUCUUAAUUGAAGCAAUAUUGA